AUCGAUCCAACUUUUUGUGUUGUUGAAAGCAAUGAAAGGCGAGGCAAGGAGAAGCCAAAAGACAUAAUAAAGUGAGAAAAAAAAAAAAAAAGAGGCAAAGAAACAAACCUGGGUGUAGUGUGGUGUGUGUUACUCACUGGCUAAUCUUCUCCCAAACAAGGCCCACUCUUCUCAUCUUCUUCACUUCUUCAAUGGCUUCCUUAUCCCUCUCCUCACCUCCUUCUCUCUCCUCCGUGCACCACACCGCCUCCACGCGCCUUAUCCUGCGCACUCCUACCUCUCUUAAACUGCGCACCCGUCCUCACUGCUUCCCCGCCGUCCGCGCCAUCACCCUCACCCAGGAUGACCUCAAGAGACUCGCUGCAGACAAGGCCGUCGAGGCCGUCAAGAGCGGCAUGGUCCUCGGUCUCGGCACCGGCUCCACCGCCGCCUUCGUCGUCUCCAAGCUCGGCGAGCUCCUCGCCUCCGGUGAACUCACCAACAUCGUCGGUAUCCCUACCUCCAAGCGCACGGAGGAGCAAGCCCGCUCCCUCGGCAUCCCCCUCUCCGUCCUCGACGACAAUCCCCGCCUCGAUCUCGCCAUCGACGGCGCCGACGAGGUCGAUCCCGACCUCAAUCUCGUCAAAGGCCGCGGCGGCGCCCUCCUCCGUGAGAAAAUGGUGGAGGCCGCCUCCGACAAGUUCAUCGUCGUCGUCGACGACACGAAGCUUGUGGACGGCCUCGGUGGCAGCGGCCUCGCCAUGCCUGUAGAGGUGGUUCAGUUCUGCUGGAAGUACAAUCUGGAUCGCCUCCAGCAACUGUUCAAGGAAGAAGGAUGCGACGCCAAAUUGAGAUUGGAUGAAUCUGGUAAACCCUACGUCACUGAUAACUCCAAUUACAUCGUCGAUUUGUAUUUCAAGACUCCAAUUAGGGAUUCCCUCGCUGCUGGCGCUGAAAUCUCCGCUCUCGAAGGCGUCGUCGAGCAUGGACUCUUCUUGAACAUGGCCACCUCUGUCAUCAUUGCUGGCAAAUCUGGCGUUGAAGUCAAGAACAAGUGAGAGAGACGCUUCGCCAAUUCGUAAUUUGUUUUUUUUUUUCGUGUAUUGUUUUGUUUUCCGAGAAAUAUUAAUAACAAUUAUAGCCUACAUUUGAUUGCUCCUAUCUCAA